CACAACAUGAAUAAUUAAUAAAUGAAUUAUUUAUGAAACAUGCAUUAAAAAAAUGCAAUUUAAGCCGACAAAAAGUUUUCAUCAUUUGAGAAGACAAAAUUCAUUUUUUUCCUGAUCAAGAUAAUAAUGUCAUCGACAUAUGUGUCAAGGAUUAAUCAGCUUGAUGCUGAACAACUUGACAAUGAAAUAUACAAAAUAUUAUCAUCAAAAAGUCAUGAUAUAUCACGUCAAUUAACACCAGGUAUAACUGAUAAAUGGACACCUGAAAUAAAUGCAUUACUUCGUACAGUUAUAUGGAUAUUUUCAUUGGGAACAAGUAAAUCAACAUUUGGACAAAAUUUAUUAGAUUUAACAUAUAUUAAUUUAACAAAAAAAAAAGCAAUAAUGUUUUUAAUAUUAUCUGUUAUUCCAAAAUACAUGGAAGAUAAAUAUCUUGAUCCAAAUCGUUUAUUAAUAACAAACAAUGAUAAAAUAAUACAAAAAUUUAUUGAAAAAUUUAAAAUAUUAUCGAGUUUAUUAAGUUUUAUUAAUUUGUUGAUUUUUUUAAAUCAUGGAAUACAGCCAAGUUUGAUAGAAAGAAUCAUUGGUGUGUCUAGUAAAACAGUGACAAAUUUAAAACCCAGAACAAUUGGUUAUUCAUACAUGACAAGAGAAUUACUUUGGCAUAGUCUUAUGGAAAUAUUUACAACUGGUUUACCUAUGAUUAAUUAUCAUCAGCUUAAAUAUAAAUUUAAAAAAAUUUUCUCCACCACACACAAACAUCUUGGAGUUGUUGAUAAUAAAAUUGACAAAUUAACAAAUAAUACUAUUUGUCCAGAGUGUAAUGAAACACCAAUUUUACCUCAUCAUGCUGGUUGUCAACAUAUUUAUUGUUAUUAUUGUAUCAUGUCAAACUUUACAGCAACAAAUUGUUUUAAUUGUCCUGAUUGUCAAGUUGAAUUACACCUGGCUGAUAUGAAAAUUUAUUCAAUGAAUUAAUAAUUUGUCAUAAAAAAUUAAUAUUUAUCAUAAUUAUUAUUGUUGUUAAUAGCUUUAUAUA